UAUUAAUCAUUAAAAAUGAGUUCCGACAUAGGAGCGUGGGAAGGUGGAAGCGGAGCCAAACAAGGUGACGUGGAAUGGCGUGAAACCGUGGACGGCCACAUCUUCCGCCUUGAUCUCCCUGGGGUGAGGAAAGAAGACGUGAAGGUGGAGGUGGAAGUGGAGGAUGCCAAUUUUCUUCACAUAAGCGGCGGCGGAAGCGUGGUGAAGGUGGAGGGCGGCGAUGAGGGCCGGAGGGUGGAGCAGCGCAGCGGGAGCUUUUCAAGGAGAUUCCGGCUGCCGGAGAAUGCUGACGUGGAGGGGAUGAAAUGUGGGUUGGAAGAUGGAGUGCUGACGGUGGAGAUGGGGAAGAAGGAGGUGCACCACCACCGGCCUACAAAUGUUAGAUAUAUACAUGUAGCUUGAACUCGAUGUGUUUUCCUUUUUCUUUUUACUUUAUGAUCCUAAUGUAUAAUUAUAACUAGUAAUCAAAAUAUUACUGCACAAAGCUCGCUAGUGAGAAGAAAUUAAUGAAAGAUAGUUUGAAUAUA